AUGUCCGAUCCUAACACACAAUCCCUCCCGCCGACGUUGGAGGAGACGAUCGAAUACUACAUCGGAGACUUCGGAUGGAAGCAACUCUUACAGUCGACGUUCAUUUCCCUGGCGUGGUUCUUCGACGCUCACCAGACAUUCAUCACCGUAUUCACCGACACACACCCCAAAUGGAGCUACCGGAAUACGGUCUCUGGCGCCGUCGCCGGCCACUGUAAUAACGUGAAGUGCAGCGCCGAUAUAUGCAAACUGUCGCCGGAGGAGUGGUCGUGGGACCUGCCGGCGUCCACCUCCGUCGUGUCGGAGUGGUCGCUCCUCUGUGCCGGCCCCGCCGUGAUCCGCGGCCUGCCGGCGUCGGCGUUCCUCGUUGGAUCGAUCGUCGGCGGGAUGGUCCUGGCGAUUCUCGGCGACUCGUCGCUGGGGAGGAAGAAACUGCUGGCCAUGUGCUGUUUGAUAAUGUCCGUCAGCGGCGUCCUCGCGUCGCUUUCCGACAACAUUUGGAUGUACUCCGGUUUAAGAUUUCUCAGCGGCCUUGGCCGCGGCGCAAUCGGCGGCUCCGCCAUUGUCCUAGCGAGCGAGCUCGUCGGAAAACGGUGGCGCGACCGCGUCGGAAUCGUGGGAUUCUUCUGCUUCUCAUUAGGGUUUUUAUCUCUUCCGGCAAUCGCUUUCCUCCUCAGAGGACAUUCGUGGAGAUUAAUGUAUCUCGCCACGUGUAUCCCCGCCGCCGUCUAUUCAUUAAUUGUCUACUUCUGCGUCCACGAGUCGCCGCGGUGGCUGUUUAUACGAGGAAGGAAGGACGAAUUUCUGAAAACCCUAAAAAGCUUAUCGUGCAGUAAUCGGGGCAAAAAAUCUUUGCCGGAGCUGCCGCCGGAGAAUUUACAGGGAGACAAAAACGACGCCGUUUGCUUGAUGCUUUUCAAAAAGAGCUGGGCGGCGCGCCGCCUGAUGACGGCGGUGGUGGUCAGCAUCGGAAUUGGGAUGCCGUACUACGGAAUGCCGUUGGCUUUGGGGAGCCAAUCGUUUAAUUUGUACCUGAGCUCGGCGCUAUCCGCCGUGUCGGAGAUCCCGGCGUCGCUGCUGUCGUUUUAUAUGAUCGGAAAAUUUCGCCGGCGGGGGUCGGUGAUGGGGCUGUGUGUGCUGAGCGGGACCUGCGUUGUGGGGAGCGUUUUGGCGAAGGGCCGGGAGUUGAAGGGACUGCAAUUAGGGUUACAGCUGGCGAGUUUUUUCGGCAGCUGCGCCGCCUUCGACAUGAUGGUGAUUUACACGUUGGAGCUUUUUCCGACGUGCGUACGGAGCAUGGCGGUGUCGGUGGCGCGGCAGGCGAUGGUUUUGGGCGGGGCGAUAAGUCCGGUGCUGGCGGCAGCGGCGGCGGAGAGGAGGAACGCGUGGCUGAGCUACGGCGUUUUCGCGGCGGCGAUUUUGGCCUCCGGCGUAUGCGUCGUCGGGUUGCCGGAGACGAGGGGGCGGGCGCUGUCGGACACCAUGGACGAGGAGGAGUGUAAGAAUAUGGAGGCGGAGGAGAUGAUGAUUUAUGGCGGGUCCCGGGAACCGGAGGGCCAGAAGGGUGGUGCGUGA